AUGUAUUCAACACCGCUCUUAAUAAUUCAACAAAUAAAAUACAGAUUUCAAGCUGCAGAAAAGACAACUAAAAGUUUUUCUUUUCUAUGGCUCUCAGAAUCUAAUAGUAGGUCGAGUGAGGAAAAAGAAAUUGAACAACCUAGCCUGGAGGAAAAAUGUAAAACUUUGGCGCAAAUGUAUGUGAACGAUUUAGAUGAAGACAAACUUAUUUUAGAGGUCCGUCAUCUGGAUACUCUGAAGCGUGCCAAUCUUUUCGGUCCAAAAGAAUAUCUCACUUCAAUGAAACUAUUAAAUGGAACCUAUCAAAAAGGUCUAGAGUCUAUCUUCGAAUCAACAUGCAUUUUAUUACGUAUUUUUAACACAAUUCCCGUUUCCAUCGCCGAAGGAGAGCGGUCUUUCAGCAAGCUUGGUCUAGUCAAGACAACACUAAGAUCUACAAUGAGUCAAGACCGGCUUACCAAUCUCUUAGUUAUGUCUAUUGAGCACGAUCUAGCACAAAGUCUGUGCUACGACGAGGUCAUUGCAAAUUUUGCUUUAAAUAAAGCCCGGAGAGUCAAAUUCUUAUAA